AUGUCUGACGCCAAAUAUUUUCAAAGAGGAAAGAUUCAAGAACUUCGAUCCGAGUUAAACUCGGAAAAAAAAGAUAAACAAUAUACAAAGAAAAAAACUGUAUUGAAAAAAAUAGUAGCAAAUAUGACGAUGGGAAAUGAUAUGUCACCUUUAUUUUCUGAUGUAAUUAAUUGUAUGCAAAUACCCGUAUUAGAAAUAAAGAAAAUGGUUUAUCUUUAUCUUAUUAACUAUUCAAGAUCAAAACCUGACAUGGCUGUAAUGGCCAUUCCAAAUUUUAUUAAGGAUGUGGAAGAUCGAAAUCCAUUGAUAAGAGCAUUCGCAAUAAGGACGAUGGGUUACCUUAACGUAGAUAAGAUAGUUGAAGCAUUAGUUGAACCAUUACAACAUGCUUUAAAAGAUCAAGAUCCAUACGUUCGUAAAACCGCCGCAAUCACAGUGGCAAAGUUGUAUAUGCAUAAUAAAACUUUGGUGGAAAAUGAAGGAUUUAUUGAUAAAUUAAGAGAUCUAUUAACCGAUCCAAAUCCAACUGUGGUCGCAAAUUCUGUUGCUGCUUUAACUGAAAUUUCUGAACGGUCAGAAAAAAUUUCAGUAAAAUUAAAUAUGACCAUUGCUUUUAAAUUAGUUGGUGCCCUUAACGAAUGCUCCGAGUAA